UAUAUUCUUUAAGAAACUUUACGCCAUAUUUCACAUCGAAAAGGCAAACCUCAAGCAUUUAAACAUAAGAGAAACUACCAAAAUCAGAAAGCCUGAACAUAGAAGUUUUCUAAGGAAGGUGAUGAGCAGACAUUUGUUGGGGGGCAGAGCCCCUGUAGUGAUGCGUACAGAAAGAAUCGGAGUGCAGACCUGAGGAGCUCAGUCGGGACAUGUGGUGCUGGAGACGGUUGGACCCUGCCGGGCAGGACGGGUCCGCCAUACGUGGGCUAACCUUUGCUGAAUGUUGGGAACAGGUGAUGACCGCGGGGUGAGAAUGCAGCUGUCCUCUAACCAGCACUGGAGUGUUAUUGGCUUCGCCCCUUUGGCUAGGCUCUGAGCCGUGCUCGACAACUAUACCCAGCAUCAGCACAGGUCCUCCUUAUUCUGCGCUCCAUCAGGACACGGCCAUGCUGGACUCGGAAAGCGUCAGGGGAAGUUAGAGGAGCUCAGAUGAGCGAGCAGCCGUGAGCUCUGCUGAAGACGUCAGAGGAGCCAUCCUGUUGGUCGGUCGGCAGCACCACGGCCAGAGCAUGACCAGCCUGUUCAGGCGCAGCAGCAAUGGAGGUUCUCGCAGCGGUGGGGGUGGAGGGGGCGGCGGCACCCCGGGACAGCUCAACAACAGCAGGCCCAACCGGCAGGUCAGACGGCUGGAGUUCAACCAGGCCAUGGAAGACUUCAAGACUAUGUUCCCCUCCAUGGACUAUGAGGUGAUUGAGUGCGUGCUGCGCUCCAACAACGGCGCCGUGGACGCAACCAUCGACCAGCUGCUGCAGAUGAGCAUCGACGGACAGGGCUCCGACGACAGCUCCGACUCGGAUGACAGCAUCCCAGCAGAGAUUUUAGAGCGAAGUCUGGAACCUGAUAGUUCAGAUGAAGAACCACCACCUGUUUACUCCCCACCAUCGUAUGACAUGCACAUUUACGACAGGAAGUACCCAGAGGCUCCGCCUACACCGCCGCCAAGGUUUGAAGCUCCUGAAGCAGAAGGCCAUCAGCAGGCUCGGAGCUACAGGAACUGGAACCCCCCCCUGCUCGGGAACCUUCCAGAGGACUUCCUGAGGAUCCUGCCACAGCAGUUGGACAGCAUGAAGAGCUUACAAAGCAGCCCAUCUCGCCCCUCAUCCUCCUCCUCUUCGAUGUCCUCCAUAAGCCAGCGGGCAUCUCGCUCUGGGUCUGGAGCUGCAGGGAGCACUGGAGGGCUAGGUUUGCCCGGAGCUGUGGGGCAGGACGAGAAACUGAAGCAGUACCUGGAGGACGAGCGCAUCGCCCUGUUCUUGCAGAACGAGGAGUUCAUGAGAGAACUGCAGAGGAACCGCGACUUCCUCAUGGCCUUGGAGAAAGAUCGCUUGAAGUAUGAGUCAAAGAAAGCAAAGUCCCAUCACUCAUCCAGCUUGGAGAGUUUCCCAGGGCAUCAGUGCUCUGCAGCGUCAGUGGAGGCUGCCUCAGAGGACGCCCUGUUCAGGGACAAGCUCAAGCUCAUGGGCAAAUCAACACGGAAGAAGCUGUUUGAAAUCGCCAGGACCUUUUCUGAGAGGACCAAGAGGAGAAAGGCAAAGAAGCGGCUGCUCCUGAAGCAUCAUUUACUGGGAACCGCCAACUCUACAGCCAACCUUCUGGAGGAAGUCGAGGUGAACCCGUCUGAGGACGACGCUCGGCCCAGAAGAAGCAACCCUCAGGAGGAGGCGGAGCCUGUGUCAUGUUCUGAUCCAAAGUUCUGAUGGGAGGUAAGACAACGAGUCUCCUCUGAUGUCCUGAAGCUUGUGUGAUAACUUCUCUCUACAGAUUCUCCAUAUCUACGUUUCCAUGGAGACGCAGCGUGAAGCAUGGGUGGUGCCUUUGCAGUUCUUCCUGUCCAGACUGGCCCCGCCCUCAUUCCAGCUGUACUGACGUGAGGCUCUGAUUGGAACCUGCCGCCUUCCUUCCUGGGGGAGGAAGCAGCUCUGACUGCAUCAUCUCUGCAUCACAACCCACAGUUACUUUCCAAAUGAGGGAGCUGCCCUCCCUGCAUUAACGCUUUCCUGGAACAAUGCUAUUGCAAUGAUCAGAUGGUUCCUGUUCCUGAACCGGCUUCCUCUUAAGUGUUCUCAUCUUCCUGAACAGCAGACGAUGUCUGCUUCCUCCAGCAGAUGGUAGCAUUUCCUCUGCUGCACAUUGAUCUUCUGAGCUUGUACGGGUUUGGUUGUGUGGUCCUUGGAUGUUGUUCUGCUUCCAGAGUCAGGAUGCUGAAUGAAAGCAAGAGCGUCCUGCACCGAGUGUGAAUCUGCGGUUUUAGAACACAGUCCGAGAUAAACCAACUCCACAAUUUCUCCAGAGACCUGCAAGGACAGGAAUUGUGAAAACCAGCCUCAGAUGAAUGACGACAGAGGAAAAGUGAGGUUAAUGGUCUCGUGUAGCGGGACCACCAACCCAGCCAGUCCUUGCGUUGCACGUCUUUGUCACGGCUCCAUUCAGCUGGAUCCUUUCUGCAUCGUCUGUCUUUCGUUUGUCCGUCUUGUCAGAAGCGCAGCAAACCGUGGAUCUGCAGCCACACAGUCUUUUGUAAAUCUGUUAGCUGUGCAUUCCUGCACAUCAUCAGCCCUCCACCACUGUGCCUCUCCGUUGUUUGUCCUCUUUGGCGUGAUGCGUCUGCAGAAUGUCUUCCCACAAGUCUAGAGGUCGUUCAGGUGAAGUUUUAAGAACCUGUCAUUCUUCUAGAGACCUUUGUCAGACUUCUCUCACUGGGUCACUUUGUGAUUCUGCUGUCACAGUUCAGCUCUGGAGUUAGUCUGGUCCUCCCUCUGCCAGCUGGAGGAGGGAUGCCUUUCCUCUUGUGAGCACGCUUUCUCUCCACAGUGAACCCCAGACUGUUGAUGUCCACAAACACUCUGCAGCUCAGGAUCAGGAUGGACUUCAGCUUUACUCCUGCUACUUUUUCUACAGCUUCUGCCCCAACCAGCUUGUUCCUCUGAGGUUGGUUUUCUCUGACCAGACCUGGAAUCCCCUUAAAAGGCUCGGAUUGAUGACAUGAACACAACUGCGACAAAAAGAGGGCGACGACGUGGGAAAUUGCUCUUCAUAUGUGCUGUUCUUUUAAAGAUGAAAAUCUUUCUAAUAGAGCGACAGCAGCUUAGAGCCUCACAGGAGACCAGGUCUGGAAGGUUAGUGGUUGAGCACAUUCUUCAAGCUCUUUCUGGUUUGAAGAAGCAUCUUAAAACGUUUCAGAAGGAAAGAGGUAAAACCCAAAUUUGUUCAGUCUACCCCCAGAAUACCUGCCUCAGAGAUGAAGUUCUGGCCCCACCUUGGUGAGCUGCUCAGUCUUCAGAAGCUGUGUUCUCUCAGGGAAACCCAGAGCCCUCCUCCGUCAGCCGUCCAUCUGCACUGCCGUCCUCAGCAGAAGUCUUCCAGGACUCGUCCACCUUUAGCACAGCAGCUCACUGCCGCACGGGUGACGGCGCUCCAUCAGAGCCACGCAGCAUCCAGCCGGAACGGUUUCACCCAAACCUUGCUGCUUUCAAUCCUGGGGAGUGUUUGUUUGAUGUGGUUUGUUUCCUUCAGACUCAGGAGGCCGAAGGAAACUGAUGUUCAGGCUGUUUCUGCAGAACUCUGAUGGGUGGAGCCUACAGAUUAAGGGUCACCACAGCUUUGACGUGGAGCAGAGACUGUAGAAUCAGAGAGAGUGGAUGUCAAGGCUGUGGCUGGUUCUGUUCCAGCUUUCAUCACCGUUUCCAACUAUCAGAACAUGCCAUCAUUAAAGCCUUUUUAUGAAACACCUGUGCUGUUUUGACUUGGUUCUGUUCCAACCCGCUUUAGCUUCACGUCACUGCUGGCUGUAACGGAUCUGAAAGAACACUGCAGGACUUCCUUAAACACCCAAACAAAAUUGGGUUUUUAACGGUGUGCCAUUUUUCUGAUGGACAUAAUUAAAGAAAAUUGAGUCUAAAA